CGUUAAACAAGGAUGAACAAUGCAUUAUAUGCAUCAUGCGUUGAAACGGAACGCAGCCGAGGUGAGGCAGCUCAUGCGAUGUCUAUGCGUGACAGCCAUUUUGGUUUUGCGCAUAGAAGAACGGACUCAUGCGCUCAUGCGAUGCGUUGUCGUCUCAUGCGGUCUAUGCGUGAAACGGAACGCACCCCUGGUUCUAGUCUUCAUACCAAAUACCUAUCCGAAAAUGGCUACGAUUCGGAUAUGUUUGUUACGGGUUUCUGGACUUUUCAGAUAUUCAUCAAGAAAUGUUCCAUUUGUUAGCAACGAUACCUGUAAUUUAUUUACCAUCGAUCACUCCCAUCUACUAAAGACGUACGUCCCUCUGGUACACAAUACGAGGAAUUCGACAUUUUUCGUGAAUAAAUCUGCAGAUGAAUUGUGGAAAGGUGUGACGAGCGUCAGUAAUGCAGGAAAGCGGAGAGGUAGAGCGAAAGGCUUAGCGAGAAAAAGAGAUUUAAACAAGGGUCAAUUUAUUGGGGUGGGAAAAAUUUCAAUACAAUUUCCUGGUCUCAAUACUCCUGUGUUCAGAGGAAGAGAACUUGUUCAACAGCAAAAGCUGCCUGUGGAUCCUGAAAGAGAGGAAAAGCUCACAAAGCUACGACAGAGUUCGCAGACUGGACUAAAGCGGGCAAAAUUGUCACCGUUGGAACGUGGUUGGACAAGCGCCACAAUGGGUGGCAGAAGAAUUGGACCACCUGAUCCUAUUGGAGAAGAUACUUUUGAAGGCUUUGAAACUUGGAUAUUAGAAAGCAAAAUUGUCAAUUGUAUGACUGGGAAUUUAGGACGGAAGAGCAGAAUUAGUAUAUUUGUCGUAACAGGAAAUGGAAAUGGUUUAGCUGGAUUUGCACUAAGGAAAGCACCUGCGCAGAAAGCAGCCAUGAGAACAGCUAAAAAUAGGGCAGCUCUAAGAUUGAUGUAUAUUCCUAGAUACAAGGAACAUACUGUGUUACAUGACUUUUUCACACAGUUUGGAAACACAAGGAUAUUUGUGAAGAAAAUGCACCAAGGAUAUGGACUUGUCUGUCAUCGUGCAAUAAAAGUAUGUUGCGAAGCAAUUGGCAUAAAGGAUAUUUAUGCCAAAGUAGAAGGUUCUAUGAAUUUACAACAUAUUGUAAAGGCUUUCUUUAUUGGUUUAUUGCAACAGAAAUCGUAUCAACAACUAGCAGAUGAAAAACGACUGCACUUAGUUGAGUUUAAAUCAGAGAAUGGAAACUACCCAAUAGUGAUAGCUUCACCAACGAAAGUUAGAAAACCAGAACAAGUGACGACCGACGAGAUCCUUGAUUUUACUCAAUAUGUUUUGGGUGGCAAAGUAAUAUUACAGAAAAAGAAACAACCACCUUUCUACACGAAACUUCCAUCUUGGAAAACAAAAUUGGUAAAACUCGAACGACUGAGGCAUUUUGACAAAACAAGAAUAAAUCUAAUGGCAGAGUAUGGAGCGUUGCAUAGUUUUCUGACUGAAAAGUAUCCCGAGGCGAAGCUGCAUCCUAAACCAAAGCGAAGCGAAAAUACCGAAACGGAGGAAUGAAAAGCAUACCUCUACAUAACCGUUAUAUUUAUAUAAUGAUAAAUAAAGUCCUUUAAAGUUGAAAUAAAACGGCAAAUGGGAAAAAAAAAUA